AUGAGCAUCACUGAUCAGAUUGACUUUAGUGAAUCCUUACGACAUUUAUUCAAUAUGGGAGACCAGGCAGCGGCCAUGCAGAGUCACAUUCCGUUACCCCCGAAACUAGAUUUAGGCGGGAACAUUUCUCAAACAUGGAAAACGUGGAAACAAAUAUGGAACUCUUACGUGAUAGUGACAGGACUUGCAGACAAAGACAAUGCGUACCAAGUGGCAACGUUUAUUACCUGCAUCGGACAUGAAGCAUUAGAGGUAUAUAACGGACUUCCGUUCAGAGAUGAAAAUGAAAAAAAUGACCCCACUGUCAUCCUAAGAUUAAUGGAGGAGUACUGUGUGGGAAAGACAAACACGAUAUAUGAAAGGUACGUCUUUAACAACAAGCAUCAGGAAUCCAGUGAAUCUGUGGACGCUUACGUCACAAAAUUGAGGAAACUAUCACUGACAUGUGAGUUUGGCCAGUUAGCAGAUCAGAUGAUACGAGACAGAAUAGUCUGUGGCAUAAAAGACAAUGCAGUUAGAAAAAAGUUACUACAAGAAGCUGACUUGUCAUUACAGAAGUGCGUUGACAUAUGUCGAGCAGCUGAAAAGACUGCAACCCAGAUUAAAUCUAUGAACCUGCAAGAUGAAGUUCAUGCACUGAACAAGUCAUCUAGAAAACCUCUCAAGGCCAACGCUCCACACAAGGAACAGAGAAAAGGAGGAAAGCCUCAUCACGCCGGAGGAAAACCUCAUCACGCAUCAGGGAAAUCUCACCAAGCAAAGAAAACCUCGUGCAGCUUUUGUGGAUAUCAGCAUCCAAGAGAGAAGGAAGCUUGUCCAGCUUACGGCGAAGUCUGUGCAAAUUGUGGCAACAAGAACCACUUUAAAUCCGUAUGCCGACAACCCGAGAAGAGAGUACAUUUGUUGGAGAACUGCGACUCUGACUCUACAUCUGAUGAUGAAAUUCUCAGUGUGGAACAGACCUCGGGAAAAGAACAUCCAAAGAAAUUAUUCGCUCGUAUGAAAAUUAAUGACCAGUCAAAACUAGUGAAGUUUCAGAUUGACUGUGGUGCAACCUGCAAUGUGUUAAGCCAGGACAUUAUCCCGAAAAAUGUGAGAUUUCAUAGAGGACAGCACACCUUGAGAGUCUACAAUGGCCAAGAGAUGAAGACCAUUGGUGCCUGCGAAAUUACCUUGACCAAUCCAAAGAACGGAGAAAGUUAUGAUGAGAACUUUGUCGUUGUCAAUAGUGGGUCACACCCCAUUCUGGGUUCAAGCACAAGUCAACGUAUGAAAUUAAUUGCUGUACAGCAUGAUAACAUCAUGAACAUAGAGGACUCCGCUGAGGAUCGGAAACUCUCUAUGGAAGAAAUUGAGAAGAAGUUUGGAGACAUCUUCACUGGAAAUGGACGUUUCAGUGAACAAGUACAUCUGGAAGUAGAUAAUACGGUUCCCCCAGUGAAACUUCCAUUGCGACGAGUCCCAGUCGCAAUCAAACCCCUACUACAGCAAGAGCUGAAAAGGCUGGAAGGGUUACAAGUCAUUGAAGCAGUGAACCAGCCAACUGACUGGGUCUCGAGCCUCUUAGCAUUCAAGAAAUCCAAUGGCAAGUUACGUAUUUGUAUAGAUCCGAAGCCUUUGAACAAGGCCCUGCGGCGCAGUCAUUACCCACUUCCGAUAAUCGAAGAUAUAUUACCGGAUUUAGCAAAAGCACGUAUCUUCACACUCUGCGAUGUGAAGAAUGGGUUCUGGCACGUUGAGCUAGAUGAGCCGUCCAGCUAUCUUACAACCUUCGAAACUCCAUAUGGACGUUAUCGCUGGCGUCGUCUACCAUUUGGGAUCUCACCAGCACCGGAAAUAUUCCAGCAUCGAUUGGAACUAGCCAUUCAAAACUUACCUGGUGUUAAAGCUGUAGCAGAUGACAUCCUCAUUUACGGAGAAGGAGAAAGUGAAGAGGAAGCCAUACGUGACCAUGACCAGAAGCUGAGCAGAUUCCUUUAUCGUUGCCGUGAACAAGGAAUCAAGUUGAACAAGGACAAGUUCAAGUUGCGACUAAAAGAAAUGCCCUACAUUGGACAUGUACUGACAACCAAGGGACUGAAGCCUGACCCUCAUAAAGUACAGGCUAUCAUUGACUUUGAAACUCCUAAGGAUGUAGCCGGUGUUCAUAGAUUCCUAGGACUAGUGAACUACCUAGCCAAGUUUAUGAACAACUUAAGUGUCAUGUGCGAUCCGAUUCGUUCCCUCAUACACAAGAACGUUGUUUGGAGAUGGACACAUGAGCAUGAAGAAGCCUUUAGCAAGAUCAAAGAAGCAAUAUCACAGGCACCUGUAUUGAAAUACUUCGACUCGAAGCUAGAAACGACGCUGCAGUGUGAUGCAUCAAGCACUGGACUUGGCGCAACCCUUCUACAGCAAGGACAGCCUAUCGCUUAUGCGAGCAGAGCCUUGACUCCAGCUGAACAGCAGUAUGCACAGAUUGAAAAAGAGCUAUUGGCUGUUGUGUUUGGAAUGGAACGAUUCAACCAGUACACAUAUGGAAGAAAAGUACUUGUGGAAAGCGACCACAAACCCUUAGAAAUAAUUCACAAGAAACCUCUGAUCUCCGCUCCAAAACGCCUUCAACGCAUGUUUUUGAGACUACAGAAGUACGAAAUUGAGAUCAUGUACAAGCCAGGCAAGGAAAUGUACGUGGCAGACGCUCUAUCCAGAGCUCAUCCCAAGAAACUAUCCAAAGAAGCUUGUACAGAAGAAGUGUUCAAGAUAUUUGAAGAUAUCAACAUGGUGGAAUACCUACCAAUCUCACAAGCAAGGAUGUUGAAGAUUAAACAAACCAGUGACGUAACACACGAGUUGCUGAAGAAAACUAUCCUUGAAGGAUGGCCGAGAACCAAGGAAAGUACACCCAUGGAAGUGCACCCUUACUUUCAUGUGAGAGAUGAACUUUCCGUUCAAGAUGGUAUCGUAUACAGAGGAACCCGCUGUGUCAUACCAAAGGGAUUACGGGCAGAAGUAAUGAGGAAGCUUCACCAGUCACACAUUGGAGCAGAAGGGUGUCUUCGCAGAGCCAGAGAAUGUGUGUAUUGGCCAGGCAUGAACUCAGAAAUCAAGGAUCUAGUCUCUAAGUGUGACACUUGUAGAACUUAUGAACCGUCACAACAGAAAGAAACUCUCAUCUCGCAUGAGACACCUAACCGUCCGUGGUCUGUCGUAGGAGUAGACCUUUUCCAGUCACCAGUCAGCAAUGACCAGUACCUCAUCACAGUAGAAUACUUCAGCAAUUUCUUCGAAAUAGACAGAUUGGAGACCACUUCAUCAGCAGCAGUGAUCAACAAGUUAAAACAACACUUCGCUAGGCAUGGAAUUCCAGACAAAGUCAUCAGUGACAAUGGACCCCAAUUUUCCUCUCAACAAUUCAGUAAUUUUAAGCAUAUGUGGGAAUUCGACCAUAGAACAUCGAGUCCAGCCUACCCACAAUCAAAUGGGAAAGCAGAAAAUGCAGUUAAAUCAGCAAAGCAACUGAUGAGAAAAGCUAAACACAGUGGACAAGACCCAUGGCUUGCUGUACUGGAUUUCAGAAACACACCAUCCCAGGGUAUUGGAGAGAGUCCGUGUCAGCGACUAAUGAACCGUAGAACCAAAACGCUGAUGCCUGUAAAAGAAUCACUACUCUCAUCUGUUGGUGAUCGAGCUAACAUCAAGAACAUGAGGAAGGAAAAAGACAGACAAGCGCACUACUAUAACCGAACAGCGAAAGACCUACGCGAAUUGCAACCAGGAGACACAGUGCGAAUGAAGCCAACACAACUGCGAGACAAGGAGUGGAAGAAAGGAACAAUCAUCGGAAGAGAAGGAUCCAGAUCGUAUAACGUGCAAACUCAAGACGGAACGUACAGGAGAAACCGAUCUCACCUAAAAGAUACACAUGAGGAAAGAAAUGACUUUACGGUAUUUCCGGAAUACACAUCACCGUCUAUCGAGGAUCUUCCUGAGAACGAUCGAAAACCAGCCAUAGAUGAAACUGCUGACCUGGAACAAAACGCAAAUUACCAACCAAUGGUAAUUACGAGCAGUGAAGUAACAACUAACAGAGAGUCCGCUCCGACCACUCGUUAUGGCCGCGUUGUGAAACCACCACGUUAUUUGGAGAACUAUGUGCAAGCGGUGUACAAUGUCUGA